CUCAGUCUGUUGGCCACCAGCAAAGAACAAAAAGACUGCCAAGGGUACCAAAACCACAGACGCUAAGGGCCCCCACCAAUCAACGUUACUGACCAAGACUUCGACCUCCGCCUGUUAGCCAUUAAAAUUGCAGUGGAGACCAGAACCAACUGAAAAGAAAGGCUUUACAGACGGCUAACCAUGAGCUGCACCUACGUCACUCUGUCUACAGGACAGAUGAUUCCCAGUGUGGGCCUGGGCACUUGGAAAAGCGUCCCAGCACAGGUAAAGCAAGCAGUCUUGGCAGCUCUGGACAACGGCUACAGGCACAUUGACUGCGCAGCUGCCUACAGCAAUGAGGAAAAUGUGGGGGAAGCUCUCAGGGAGAGAGUUGGACCUGGCAAGAGCCUCAAGCGAGAGGAGCUGUUCCUGACCUCCAAGCUGUGGAACACUGAGCACCAUCCUGACGACGUGGAAGCGGCCUGCAGAAGGAGUCUCACCCACCUGGGAGUCUCCUACCUGGACCUCUACCUCAUGCACUGGCCAAUGGCCUUUGAGACGUGUGAUUUCAGGAGGGGCUCUGUGAUGAUGCCAUCUAAUGCAGAUGGUAGCAUUCGUUAUGCGGACACCCACUACAGAGACACCUGGAAGGCAAUGGAGACGUUGGUAGACCAGGGGCUAGUGAAGGCCAUUGGACUGUCUAACUUCAAUGCCAGACAAACUGAUCUCAUUCUCAGCAUCGCAAGACACAAGCCGGUUGUAAAUCAGGUGGAAUGCCACCCAUUCCUGGCCCAGCAGCAGCUGCUGACUCACUGCAGGGACCGGGGGGUGGCGGUGGCUGCCUACAGCCCCCUGGGCUCCCCUGACCGACCGUGGGCCUCCCCCGGGGAGCCUGUGCUGAUGGGGGACCCCCGCAUUAAGGAGAUCGCACGCCAAUACGGAAAGACCGCGGCCCAAGUCAUCAUCAGGUGGCAUGUACAGAGAGGAAUCAUCUGCAUCCCCAAAAGCAUCACCCCUUCGAGAAUUCAGCAAAACCUGCAGGUAUUGGACUUCCAGCUAACAGAUGAAGACAUGAAACUCAUUGAAUCCUUCAACCGAAAUGAGAGGCUUAUAAUACCAACAGUGGAGAAAGGAGGACGAAAAAUAUAUAGAGAUGGACUGCAUCCUCACUUUCCCUUCCACGACCCCUACUGAAACACUAUUCCAGCGAAACCAAGAUAUCGUGACAAGGCAGAUGCCUUUACCUCUGCCCGAGACUGCUGCAGAGACCAGAACAAGCAGCAGAUCGCUUUGGAAAUAUUUGAAAAUCGACAAUGUGUAAAAUCAUCCACGCGUUCUAACCUUUAUUUACCAAUGAAGGUUAGCAAUUUUUACUCCAGUAUUUUUAAAAGCAAUUCAUAGAUUCAGGAGGGAAAUAAAUAGCACCAAAUCAAAUGUAUGUACAGUAUAUGGGCGCAGACAGAACCUUCACACCCAAAUGGCUGUAUGGAUAAUAAAAUUAGUGCACCAUGAACAAA